CUUACGCUCUUGCUCCAUUUGACCAGAAACAGUGGGCUGCUUGAAAUCUCUUUUUUUUCCCCUCCACGUUCACAGGCUUGACAGUGAUUAUAAUCAUGAAGAGGAGCUCUGCGGUGCUUUGCCUGGCUGUCGGCUUUACCCUGCUUGGUCUUGGUUCCUCCCUUCCUCCAGGUCCCCCCCUGCAGUGUUACACCUGUCCUGACGGCUCCGCUGAGAGCUGCGAGGUUGUCCAUGAGUGUGCCGGCGGUAAAGACAGCUGCAUCAGACUCGAAAGCGCCGGGAAGGUCUACGCCGACUGUGUGGCGUAUUCAGAUUGUGAUUUCAUGUUGCUGGCACAAAACUACGAAUUCUCUCAGUUCACCUUCGACUGCUGUCAGUCAAGUCUCUGUAACACCGAGAAGUCCCCGGGGCCGUUCGAGAGGUUUAAAAAGUUCAUCAAGUCGUUGUUCUGAGGAGCCAAACUCAUUUGUUCACCCGCUCACGGUGUCCAAAGCAGUUCAAGAUGGCUUCGAGCAAUUUCACCUGUGGCUAGCCCGAAUAGUUUUAAGACAUGUUGACUUCUUCCUGUCAGGUUGGUUCAUACACUUUCCUUUCCCUUACAACCCCGAGUCAGCCAGGAAAGCGUUUGUUCAUUUGAAGUCAUGUAGCGAGAAAUGUCCCGUCUGCCCGUCGAAGCUCGUCUGAAUUAAAAACUGAACUGUGCAAGUUGA